AUGGGCAUUUUGACCACCUACGGGUGGUUGUGCGCUGCAUCCGUCGUGUUUGCUGCGCUGGUGGCCCGAUGGCACUCUCAACGAUGGAAGUGGCGGCCGGAUGCGAAGACAUCCAUGAAGAUGGUGAAGGGCGUCACCAAGAGGAAUUUCACAGUGGCUUUCCAGGAAGCCUUGACCAUGGAGGAGUGCCUGAAGGUUCAAGACCUCUUCCAGGACCAGCAGGCUGCUCUGGUUGGCGACACCAGCGGCUUACUUCGUGAAAACGUCCGUGCAGCUCAGAUGGUCACCUUGGACCCAAGUGAUGUUCGGUUCCGGUGGCUCUUCGAGCGUUUGUGGCGCCUGGCGGAGGAGGCGAAUGCGCGAGCCUGGCAGCUGGGGCCUUUAUGGGACGUGGAGCCGAUCAAUCUGGUGAGCUAUCCUGCUGCAAGAGUUCAGAGCGAUGCGAACGGUCACUACGACUGGCAUACAGAUAUCAUGCCGGAUUCGCACAAGGAGGGCCGACUGCUGUCCCUGUCCAUCCAGCUUUCAAAUGGCACAGACUACAAAGGAGGUCAACUUUUGGUUGGGACAGAGGAGGCACCCCGACGCCUGGGCGAUGCAGUGGUCUUUCCGUCCUACAUGGCGCACAGCGUCUACCCUGUUGUGAAGGGAGAAAGGCGCGCGCUGGUGGCCUGGAUCCGGGGUCGCAUCAAAGAUGGGCUUUUGGCCGAAGCCAUGGGGGCGCACCUGCGCGCCAUCCAGGACACGGGCAGCUGGAAGCUCCUGGCGCACAGGAGUCAAGCCAAGAAGACGGCGGGGACGCCGGCGGCGCUGGUGCCGGCACCCCUGGGGCUUCGUCGGAUCUAUGGCAGUCACUUGCUGCAGACGGGGCGCCCCAAGGAGGCCGCGGAGGUGCUUCGGCGCGUGGCACUGGAGGACCCUCAUUCGCCCGGUGCCUUGAAUAACUUGGCUAUCGCGGAGUACCGUCAGGGUCAUAUGCCAGCAGCCAUUGACGCCUUGCUCUAUGCGGUGCGUUUGCGGCCAGAGGAUGGUGAAGUGCAAGCCAACUUGGGCCGCUUCUUCUACUUGCAUGGCCGCCCUGCACUGGGCACCUAUCACCUCGCCCAGGCCGUACGCCUGUGGCAUCGAUCGGCUAUUCUGCUCACCGCCUUCAUCAUGACGCUUUACUGUAGUGUUUGUGGAGUCUUUUGGUGCUGUUGUUUGAAGCUGAUUGGCUGGCCACGACAGGUCAAAGAGGCGCAGACGGCUGACGAUGCGGCUGCGCCAGAGGAAAAGGGCUGCGAAUGGCCCAGGGAAGGUCGGCCGCUCCAGGUCGGCCGCUCGGACCAUCAGGCGCAACUGGCAGAGUCCGUCUCGGACCAAUUCAGGUUUCAGCGAGAGAUCCACAUCGCCAAGAAGCUGGAUCAUCCAAACGUGGUCCGGCUCUACGAGACCUUCAAAGAUGCAAAGAAGAUCUACUUGGUCAUGGAGCUUUGCACUGGGGGCGAGCUCUUUGACCGCAUCGUGGAUGAGGCGAGUGAGGGGAUGACUGGGGCCGACGAUUUGUGUGGAGCGACGAUUCGAACGGUCAGUAUGGAGUGA